AUGUCUCGAAAGCGACCUCGAUCAGUAUCGCCGCCGUCGACCUCUACCAUAGACGCUAGACGCUCGCAAACGGAUCACCAAAUCUUCCGUUCCAACGCCAUCAAAGACCGCUCAUCUACCUUCAUUGCCCUCUUCUCGCCCUCUGCUCCUGCCCCAACCCUCCAAGCCAACCCAGACUUCGCCACAGCGACUCACCGUGUAGCUGCAUGGCGCAAGCCGAGCGCGCAACGUACGCUCUUUACCGCAAAGCGCCCUCUGCUCGACACAGGCUAUGACGAUGAUGGAGAACAGUACGCGGGGAAGAGGCUUGAGAAGGUGCUCAGCGAAACGAGCGUCGAGGGUGCUGUUGUGGUGGCCAGGUGGUAUGGCGGCAUCCUGCUUGGGCCGGUCCGGUUCACACAUAUUGAGAACUGUGCGCGCGAGGCGAUCGAGAAGUGGAAAGCGAGCGGCACCGCUACCAAACCGGAACCGGAUCAUCCUGCAGCUCAGAAGAGGAAAAUCGAGGAAGACGCGAAGAGGAAGUCUACGCUGGUGAGUGUUCUGGAGGAACGCGAUCAUAGCAUCUCUGCACUGAGGGGCCUGCUGCGAGAGAAGACAGAAGAAGCAUGCGCCAUAGAGUCUGAGGAGAAGGUUCCCACCAGAAAGGAUGGGAAUGUGACGCCUGAUAAAGCAGUCGACUACUCAGCGAUGCCGCUGCAGGCUUUGGUGCGCUUGGAGAAAGCGAGAGAUGCAUCGAUAUCGUGGAUCCUGAAGGAGAUCGAGAAAGUUGAAGAGCGGCUGGAGGAGCAGCAGCAGCAGCAGCAGCAGCAGAAGAAGAAGCAGAAAAGAACUAGAGACUGUGGCUGA